AUGUCAGAGAAGAAGCCCUGGGGCUCGGACACUCGGCCCAAAAGUGGCUUCCGCAGCUGGAGCGCAGACAGUUACAUUUGGAAGGGGAAGAAACGCUCCCGGAGCUCUCGCAAUGGGUCGAGCCCUGGAGGCAUGGAGACGGACGGGACGGAGGAGUUGGGUGUGCGGUCAUCAUCCUGCUCGAGGAGGCGCAGAGAGAGGAAAUGUAGCUGCAGCGCUCUAGGGGACACGCUGACGUCUGGAGAUAUCGAUGUGAUGUGUCGGAAGGCCUUGUCGCGGCGCUCUCUGCGGCAGAAGUUUCAGGAUGCUGUUGGCCAGUGCUUCCCUCUGCGCUCUCACCAUCACCACCACCAUCACCACCACCACCAUUCAUCGGGCUCCUCGCGACCCUUUUCGGUGCUUUUCUGGUCCAAACGCAGGAUCCAUGUGUCAGAGCUCAUGCAGGAUAAGUGCCCAUUCUCACCCAAGUCUGAACUGGCUCGAUGUUGGCACCUAAUUAAAAAUCAUGCUACCCACCCAAGCGCCCUCAAGGACAUGGAGGCUCCCCUCAAACCUAGUGUCUCAUCCUCUACGUCUCCACCACAAACCCCCAUCUCGUGGGAGGACAUCUGCUGCUCCCCUGGGCCUGGAAGCACCAGUCUGGAGGACUGGGACCCUUCUUGUGCUCACGGGGGUGAAGAAGGUAGCUGUGGACACACUGACUACAUCCUGGUCCCAGAUCUCCUACAGAUCAACAACAACCCAUGCUACUGGGGCGUGCUGAAUCGCUUUGAGGCAGAGGAGCUGCUGGAGGGCCAGCCCGAGGGCACGUUUCUGCUCCGGGACUCUGCCCAGGACGAAUUUCUCUUCUCAGUGAGCUUUCGGCGCUACAGCCGUUCCCUGCAUGCACGUAUUGAACAAAACGGCAAGCGUUUCAGCUUUGAUGUGCGUGACCCGUGUAUGUACCGUGAUCCAAGUGUGACGGGACUGCUCAGGCACUACAGCGACCCAGCCACCUGCCUCUUCUUUGAGCCACUCCUUUCCAGACCUCUGCCAAGGAACUUCCCUUUCUCCCUCCAGCACCUGUGCAGAGCAGUGAUCUGCAGCUGCACCACCUAUCAAGGCAUAGACAGCCUGCCGCUGCCACCUCAGCUCAGGGACUAUCUCAGACAAUACCAUAUUAAGUGUGACGGGGCCUGUGCUGUGUGA